AUGUUCUCAAGAGGAAACAGAUUCCCAGCAGUGAAACCACCGGAAGUACCUGGCCCGAAUGCUUACAAUGUCAAAGAUCCGGAGUAUGAUGCAUACAAGCGUGGUGCUUUUCUUGAGAAGCAAGACCGUUUUAACGACGACGAACCCUCGGACGUACCAGGGCCAGGUACAUACGUCACCGAUGAUAAGACUAUGGGGACCAAACCUGCUGUGUCUCGGACUAUGAACGACAGACAAGCUGUCCUACAGAGGAAAGUCGAAGAGCUGGAACGAUUGCUGGCUGAGAACAAAAAGGCGUCUCAAGCAGAAGUAGAGCGGAUCAAGACCGAACUCGGCCUCGUACAAAGGACGAAUGCGGAACAAACCGAACAGAUCGGCAAGCUCAAGAAGCAAAACGAAAUCUACGAUGUCAGACUGAAAGGGCUCAGGCACGUCAGUCUCUCUGACCAGUCGGAGAUCAAGGAGCUCCGCGCAAAGCUUCGUGUUUCUGAGCAUGAACGCUCCCAGCUCGCUUCCAAGCAGGGGAAUGCGGGAGACGCGAAGAAAGCGCUGCAAGCCCUGGAAUUACGGCGCCGGUCGGAGAAUCAAGAGAAGGACAAACAAAUCGAGGAGCUCGAGAAGGCAUUUGCAACCGAGAAGAGGCGUAACGGAUCCCUGGAGGCCCAACUAGGCGAUGCCAAGGACGAAGUCGACGCCGAAUUGGUGGAAGCACGCUUUGCGAGGCAAGCUCUCGAGGCCGAACUACAACAAAUUCGUGCUGAAUCAGACCGGACGAGAUCUUCUCUAGCAUCACUACGCUCACAGGCCUCUAGCAAUGAGGACGAACUCCUGCAACAACUCGAGGAUCACCGACGUACGCUCUCUCGCGUUGCGCAGGAGUACGGCCGCCUGGCCUCGUCGACUGUGCCAAAGACCGUCCACGACAGGGUGAAGCGCGAUGCGACGGCCCUGCAGCUCCGAGUCAAUCGCCUGGAGCGCAAGUUUGCAAAUGCGGAGGGACAGGUCGUGGAGCUGGCGCAGCUCAUCCGUCACACUAUGGAACAGAAUGACUUCUUAUCGCAUCAGCUAAAGGAGGUGGAGGAAGAGCUGUCAUUCUACACUGACGAGCUUGCGUUUGCUUUCUCAGAGCGAGACGACGUGAACGACGACAGGGGCGCGGAGUGCCUCUCCCGAGGCAUCGCGAAAGACUUUUAUGACUCCGAGCUACUUCUGCGCAUUACGCUGGGCGAUGACAGAGAAGUUUGGGCCCACUUCGACCGUCUGCGCACCGAUGAGCUCUUUCUUCACUCGGUCUUCCUCCUCAAGCACCUCGACGGCGCACGGCACGACGCUGAAACGAACCUCAAGCAGGCUGCUGCUGCGGAGAAACAGCAAUCUGAACUCGUCCGCCAGCUCUCCGCCGCCCGCGCUGAGCAUGGAAACUUGCAGCUUGAGCUUGCAGACACCACACGUUCGAUUGAGCAGUCGCGUGCAGGCGAGCAGUCGCUUAAGCGGAAGCAUGAAGCAGAGCUGCAGAAAGCCCGGUCGGAACGGACAGCGCUCGAACAGGCAAUGAGACGGGAGAAGGACGCAUGCGAAAGGCUCACCACUACGCUACAACAGAGCAAGGCUGCCGAGGACGCGCUUUCAGCCGAGGUUGACCAGCUGUCGAGGGAGCUCGCCGAAGCGGAGAAGUACGAGCAGGCGUACAACGGACUCGUGGACGAGGUCGACGCGCUCGUCCGUAGAAAUGCGCUGGCAGAGGAUGAGGCGCAGAGGCUGAGCCGAUUCAACGCGGAGAUACUCGGGCACCACAAUCCCGCACAACGCAUACAAUAUGUCGACAGGAUACGGAGUGAACUUCACGACACAAAGCAGGAUCUUCUGAUGAUGACGAAGGACCGGGAUGCGUUUGCAGCCGAAAACGACGAUCUUAUCCGUGAGCUGCAACUGUACAAGUCGGUCGCUGUACCGGCGGACUUUAAACCGAGAUCCACGUUGACUCGGGUCGCCCGCAAGCCGCUGACAACGCAGAGCUUGAACGCUAGGUCGUCCGGGAAAGGCUCGCGCCUGGAAGCGACGCCGGAGCACGACUACAAGGCCGGCGACAUGACCCUCGACGAAAUCUUAUAGCCGCACACUGUACCCUGUGUUCUCGAUGGUUAUGUAUUUUGUCCAUGUACUUGUACCACCUCUACCACCUAAUCCAGAACAGCGUACUUCUUCAAAUGCGCGGGUAUUGCGUCCUCGAGACCCUUUGCUUUGAGCCACGCUUUCGAAAAGAGCCGGCUUUGGUAGCGGUACGCGCCAUCCGCGAGGAUCGUGGCAACCGUGUGCCCAGGGCCGAGCUUCUGCGCGAGCUCGACGGCCGCGACGACAUUCAAUGCUGAGCUCGCCCCAAGGUAGAGACCCUCGGUGUCGAGAAGAUCAUAGACCAUCGCAAUCGACUUCUCAUCCGCUAUGUGCAGCGCGCCGUCGAUGUGGCCGACGAAGGUUUCGAGGUUGUUCGUGACGCGUCCCUGGCCGAUGCCUGUUGUGGAAUUCAGUGCACAACACCACGGCUAUGUGCGCGAAAACUUACCCUCAGUUAUAGAACUGCCGGUCCGCUCCUUCAAUUUGCCCCCGCUCGUGAGAUAGCUGUGAAGCACCGAGCCUGGCGGAUCCGCAAGCCAGACCUGCGCCCGUCCCUGACUCUUCUCCUUCAGGAACUUGCCCGUGCCCGCAAGCGUGCCGCCUGUUCCUGUCGCACAGACGAACGCAUCAACGCUCCCGCCUGUCUGCUCCCAGAUCUCCGGGCCAGUCGAGAGGUAAUGCGCAUCUGCAUUCGCGGUGUUGUCGAACUGGUCCGUCCAGAUCGCAUUGUCGAGCUUCUUCGCAAAGUCACGCGCCUGGUGGUUGUAGUUCGCGGGGUUUUCGUACGCGACGGCGGGGACGGGGUACACUUCUGCGCCGAGCAUGCGUAGCAGGUCGAUCUUCUCCUGGCUUUGUGUGUCGGGCAUGAAAAUGACGCACUUGUAGCCCCUAGAUCUACAGACGUGUGCGAGGCCGAUGCCUGUGUUCCCUGCAGUGCCUUCGAUUACGGUGCCUCCAGGCUUAAUCCUAACGAAAGUGUCAGUGGUCGCACCAAGCGCAAUGAGCACGACGCACGUACAGACCCUUCCUCUCUGCGUCUUGGACGACACCAAGGGCUGCACGAUCCUUCACGCUACCGCCAGGGUUCUGAAACUCAGCUUUUGCAACGAUGUUGCAGCCCGUCCUUUCAGACCAUUUCGUGAGUCGGAUCUGAUUAUCUCGAAUUAGAACCACGGAGCGAGACGGUGGCAUCUGAGACUCACGAGGGGUGUGUUCCCGACAGCUCCCACAAAUCCAUCGACGGCACGAGUGGUGAAACUUCGUGCAAGAGACUUGGCCAGUACAGCGGACGACAUGGUCGUGGAGGCAAUAGUGGAAGCGACGGCAAGCCGCCUGGAGGUACCUCAUAUACAUGCCAACCUCAAGCACCUCAUCAUGAGCACCGCGACGCCUUAUGUAACGACAUUUCGAAUUCAGAGACUGACGUGGGUAAGAGAGAAAAAUUGUCCGUUGGCGACAGGCUGAGUACAUGGUACAAGAAAGAGUGGCACGGAGGACACCCAUCAUCGAAUUAAAUGUAUGUCAGGUACAUAACCGUCGGAACAUUGAGAAAUUCUUGUACUGUAUUAGACGCUUAGAGCGAGGAGGGAUGCCGGAUAACAAGCAGAGGAAUGAGACAUGUGGACCAACAGUCCGUCGUGCGAUGCGUGCGUCAUGAGGGCCAUAAUAAAGAGAUGCCGCCGGAUAUACUGGAAGGGUAUAAGAGAGCAAAAACAGAGCGAUCGAAAGAAAAUCAAGUCAACGCUUGAGUCUCAAAAUCCUAUGGGUUACGCUUCUUGACAUUCUGCGAGAGCCAUUGGAGACCCUCGAACAGGCCUUCACCGGUCGUGGCACAACUGCAGCCAUACAGCAUUCAAUCUCUUUCAUCUGUACACGAUGACGCGAAAGCUCACCUAGGGUGGACGUACCACGACCGGUCGCGCAUACGGUGAAGCCCAAGCUUCUCCGUGACUUCCGCUGGGGACAUGGCUGCGGAGAGUGGUUAUGUAUUUCAGUCCUUUCCGGAAACGUCUCAGCCGCUUACCUCCGGGUAAGUCUUGCUUGUUCGCGAAGACCAGCAACAAACAUUCCUUCAUCUCUCUGUCGCUCAAUAUCCGGUGGAGCUCUUGUUUCGCCUCAUCUAUCCGCUCGCGAUCCUGCGAGUCCACCACGAAUACGAGACCCUGGGUGCCAGUGUAAUAGUGCCUCCACAAGGGUCGAAUCUUAUCCUGGCCUCCGACAUCCCAAACGUUGAACCUGACAUUCUUGUAUGUGACAGUCUCGACAUUGAAACCGACUGCAAGAGGGGAAAGGUACGAGGAAAA